AUGAUGGAGCUGCUGGUCCAGGUGGCUUCGACCUGCAGAUUGCCACAGACUGCCCUCCAGAAGGUGCUGGUGGCAGGCAGCUACGAUGUGGACAAGAACAGCUGCUUCAAGAACCUGAUGAGCCAGGGGAUGCUGGUGCAGAGCAGCAGCACAGGCACCUUGGGCUCCUUCAGGCUCAGCAAGGACCAGGCCUCCACCUUGGAGGGCAAGAAAAAGGCAGUGGCCCAGAAGCCUACAGGAGUGGCUAAGCCAGUCAAGGGAAGCCCCAAGAAAGCAGUAAAGAAGCCCAAGGCUUCCCAAGCCAAGAAAGUUGCCACUAAGAGCCAGGCUAAAGUUGAGGCAGUUGAGCCUAAAAUGCCCAAAGCCAAGAUGGCAAAGCUGAAAAGGGUAGUGCCUAAAAGGAAGUGA